GCAAGGAUCGUUCUGAUGACGAGAGCGAGAGAGACGGAGGAGGAGACCGCAGCAACGCGGGACCCAUGUUACUCAAGAACUUAGCAGGCACCCCGUUCGACGACAUGAAAUACUUGGCUAAGGAUCUGAGUUGGAUGAAUGACCCCGACAAGGGCGAAAAGUUGAUCGCCCUCAUGGACUCGAAGGAGCUGUACGAUGACGAGAGGGAGGACAUGAUGAACACCCUGGUGAAGGUGACGUACACCCUUCGCCGGACCAAAGGGGAGACCAAUAAGGUGUUCUUUGCCAGGUGGGACAAUGUGGUCAGGCGGCUGGAGGAGCACAAGGUGAAGCUCCCUGAGGAGUACUUGGGCUUCCUCCUUACGAAUGCCUUGAAUCUUUCGAAUGACGAACUGAAGUUGCUGCUGAACUUCACCCAAGGUCGCUUGAAAACCAAGGACGUCAAAGAAUGGCUGCGGGUUCACGACACAGAGUUCGAGAACAAGACCGGCAAGGCCGCAGCUACCAAGACCAGCCAGGUCCUUCAUGUAGGCGAGCCGGGUGUCUUCACCUACGACCAGGACGAGGAGGACCAGGCGGAGGACGAGGGCGUGUUCGACGAGGCCGAGGCAACCGAGAUCUUGGCGACGAUGGUCAAGGAGCACACCAAGGGAGGCGGCAAGCGAUCGUUUCCUGCGGUCAACAAGGCCAAGAAGGCCAAAGCCCUGGCCCGUGGAUACGGCGCCGGACGUGACCCAAACCAGCGAUUCCGCGAGCAGGGCAACGUGAAGGUCGGUGGUACCUACCGAGUGAGCAUCGAGGCUUUGAAGCGAAGGACCCGGUGCGGGAUCUGCAAGGAGAUCGGACAUUGGCACCGCGAGUGUCCUCGCAAUGCCGGCGGCCAGAAUCCCAAGGAGAGCCAUUUUCUUGAGUCUGAGGAGGCAUUGUUCCUGGAUUACAUUGAGUACCUUGACUGA